UUGACAUAAUCGUGUGUUGUUAGUGUUGAAUUUUUUAAAUUGAGUUAUUAUCGAUUUAUGUUAAUUUUAUGUUUUUCAACAAUCACUUAAUAUUCAUUAUUCGGUAAUUAAAAUAUAGCUAAUAAGUUGUGCAUAAUAUUUAUUAUUUCCUAAAUAUCUUGCAUAACCUUGCUACAGUGUACCUAUUUUGAUUAUUAUCUUCACAUUCCUUUCGCAAUAAAUUAUUAAUGAAAAUAACAUUAUGGUUAAAAUGAAUUUAAUUUGUCCCAAAUCUCAGACUUUGCUAACUUAUUUUGUCGUGAUCUUAAAGAAAUGAAUAAAAAACAGAAGACAUUGUAUGAAACUUGGAAUAAGUCCCCUCCGAAAGAAGUUUUGAAAAAAUCAGGAACCAAUUUACCAUCCUCUUCUAAAGCAAUUACAUCAGGAAAGAACACAGCUGGAGUUGCUUUCGACUUUUCUAGUAAUGAUAUAUUUCAGACCACAAAGUAUUCAAAAAAUGAAUCAAAUAUUGGUGAAACAAGUUUUGAUCAUAAUGCUGGUCAAACAUGGAUUUACCCCACCAAUCAUCCAGUUCGUGAUUAUCAGUUCACUAUAGUUAAAGAAGCAUUGUUUAAAAAUACAUUAGUCAUAUUACCAACAGGACUGGGUAAAACAUUUAUUGCAGCAGUUGUUAUGUUUAACAUCUAUAGAUGGUAUCCUCAAGGAAAAGUGAUCUUCAUGGCACCAACAAAACCUCUUGUUGCUCAGCAAGUAGAUGCAUGCUUUAAAAUAACUGGGAUUUCCGAAGAAGACACUACACAAAUGACUG